AUGACCUUCGUGAGCGAGCAAGGCCUUGGGAUACACGUGAGAACGCAGCACAGCAGUGCAAACAUGUCCAACGGCGUGCGGCUGCGGCGGAUGCUACGGAAGAAUCUCGAAGGGCGUGUCCUGCCGUGGGGAGAGGCCGGGCCUGGGCGUUGCUGGCACGUAAAGGUCGAUGAUGCGACGGGGGCGGCUUCGUUUGUCCUCCAGCGGAAGCGCUUUCUCGAUCUAGACUUGGAAAGCGACGGCUUUAUGGACCGCAAAACCAAGGAAACUCGUGGAGCUCCCAAGCGCAGGCGAUACAACUAUAGGUUCAAAGCCAAUGCUGUCAACCAGCUGCGCAUCCUCGAGCACAACGCCGCGGACCUCUGGAACGAGGAGGAGCGCACGCCUCUUCAGUACUUAGAGGAUCGUCUCAAAAAAGAGGCUUUACAAGAUGUUCGUGGAGCGGCGAAGAGGAAGCUGAAGAUAUCGACCCUGUGGCUGACGAUCACGUUCCGGAAGCUCGUGCGAGAGAUGUAUCCCGGGGACCAACGGGCGGCAGCGUUCCGCGCAUCCUUCAGGUGGGCACGAAAAUGGGCCAAGAGGCACAACCUGUCCAAAAGACGUCGGACCAACCUCAAGAACAAGUCUGUUAAGGAGCGCCGACCAAAGGCCCAGCGCUUCCACCGACUGUUUCGCAAGCUCCUGCAAGAGCCGGUACGGUACAGGGCGCCCGAUGAGUCGGACGUAUCGGCGAUUACGACGGUCGCAGAGAGGGAGUCCAGAGUUCCCAAGUAUGGCCAAUUCCAGCUCUGGGAGCGUUGGAAUGUGUAUCAAGUGCCUUUGGCAUUCGUAAACGGACUGCUCGAUACGUGGGAGGAGCGAGGUGCGAAGCGUGUCGCCAUCUCACAGCCCUUUCCUGGCCUAGAGACAAGACAGUGCACCAUGCAAGUCAUCUUUGGCCCGGGUGAGGAGACCUUGCGAAUUUCGGUGAUUUUCCGAGGCACGGGGAAGCGGAUCUCGCCGGUGCAGAAGGCCGCGUACCACAAGGACGUGGACGUGUCCUACCGCGAAGGCCUGAUGCGCGGGCGGGGUGAGCUUCCCAAGGUGAGGUCCGUUCUUAUCAUGGACAACUUGCACGCGCAGACGAUGGACGAAUUCAAGGAGUAUCUUGCGAAGGAGUGCAACACUCUCGCCUGGUAUGGCCCUUCGGAGUGCACGGACGAGGUGCAGCCAGUUGAUGCAGGAGCCGGACGAUUUAUCAAGGUAGAAGCUGGGAGGCAGAUGGACAUGUGGCUCGAGCAGUCGGACAACCUCGAGAGGUGGGAAAGCGCGGCGCUGACAGCUUCUGAUCGGCGGUGCGGGAUGGCCAUGACAGUGGACGGCUCAGGCGAUGAUCGGAUCACCUUGGAGGGUUUGGACAAGCCGUCCACCUUCGCAAACGAUCAAGACUGUAGCGAGGACGAAGAAGGUUUGGAGAACGGCAGCGAUGAGCCUGAGGGGCGGGGGAAGAAGGAGGGCGAUGGACGUGAGACGGUCGUGGAGGGCGCUGAUUCCAGCGAUGAUGACGACGGCGGUAACACGUCUCAAACCCAGACCGAUGAGCUAGCUCUUCUCGACGACGACGACAGCAUGGACCCACAAGACCCGGAGGACGAGACACAAGGAAUGGAGAUCCCGACAGGCUUUCGCAUUGAAGAAGUUAAACCCGUUGCCCUUGACAGAUUGCUUUUGCGACGUGGAGUGCUCGUUAGGCUGGGGAUGGGGUGGUUUUGAGGGUUGAUCAUUCAGCAAUCUCAGCAGGACACUCGCCACGUGUAGUAGGACAAUUGUGUGCAGCUAGAGCUAGACCAGAGUACGCGCAAGAUGAAGCUGCCCUUAGACAAGUACACCCGAGAUCUGGAUGCGGCGGUAGGCUUCUGGGUUUUGCUUGAGAGCGUUAGUAGAUCGGGGAGGUUGUUCACCUUGCUUGAUGACAAGGGGCGCUCACUGCUGCUGCUGUUGAGUGUGCGUGCGUGCGUGCGUGCGCGUGUCCGUGUCUGCGUCGCUCCCUCAACCCCAGCACACGAGAUCACACCACACCAGUACGGAGACAGGAAGUGAUUACUGUACACUGGCCGACGACAGCCUCUGAACGAAGUGCUAUGUCGCGUUUCAAGCGCUCGGGAGAGA